CCAAGAAUAACAAAUUACUUCUAAAGUUUGCAGCAUGAAGACUAACUAAUUAAUAUAUCCACAACAGAAGCGCUUGAAAACAUGAGAUGUUGCAUGUGCUACCUCCUUGUUCUUACAACACCUAUACUUAACUCAUGACUCUGUGUAAUAGAUAAGCCUGAGCUAUAUCUUUUGCGGUCCAAGGUUGUCCGUUAAGCUGACUGAAUUAUAGGUCCUAAAUCGCUUCAUCCUGGCAGUUUCGAUGACAGCUUUCCCAACAUCAACGACCAGCCCUCAGGCCCUUGCCACCCCCAUUCUCAUCGAUAAUUGCUGCGGGGUCCCGACGGGGGCUUGCGUAUACUGUUUCUCCCGCCUUAUGCAAGGGGCGAAGAAAAAUUCAGUUGGAAUACUGACCGGUUACGGUUACCGCCUGAACUUGGGCAGCUCAACAAUUUACCUACGUCUCCUAAUAUUUAUAAAUGUUGUGUUGGCAUUGGUGCUGAAAACAAUCCAUGCCUGGUUGGUUCGUUUCUGGAAGCGGACUUUUACCAACAAAUAUGACCAACCCAUGUGUUGUAACUUCAACCCGUCUAUGAGCAACAUUUCUUCGCUUAUUCUGGAAUGCUCGGUAUGCAGGGGAACACAAAGAAAACCAAGCAGAAAGAACAGCAGGUGCAUCUCGAUUAGAACACUGACCGUCAUGCUAUUGCUGAUCAUCUGAUUUUGGAGAGCAUAUGGACAUGGCAUGGUGAACAGGACAAAGCAAGUCCUAUAAACAAUGAAGCCUCAUUCUAGCACUGAAAGGUAAUAU